UUAAUACUUUCAACGCUACUAUAUAACAAAUAAUUUGAGCUAGAGACUAUGCGAUGAAAUCACGGCUGUUUAUCCUGAAUUUGAUUACAUCCAUAAUUUUAGUCUCGUUUAAUAUCGCAGAAACAGUCGUCGUUCAAAGAAGCCAAAACUGCAUCAAGAAAACAAAGAUUUCGAACCAAAACUUUAAUGACGAUGUCGAGGAAGCUAGAGAUAUCCUUCAGCUACAAUCGAGGUCAGUUGGGGCAAAGCGAUGGAGGGGAAAAAAAGUUCUUUACAAGAUUGAAAACAUGCCUGAAUGCAGCGAUGGAUUAACGGUAGCAGAUGUGAGCAAGAUAGUUGAUGCAGCAGCAGGAGAAUGGAACAGCAUCCCUCGAGCCAACGUGUUGCUAAUUAAUGUGGAUGCACUGUCAGAGGAAGAAAAGAAAUCAGACCCAACUAUUAACAUACGUGUUAGUUUCCUGCCAUGUGAACAUAAGGACCCAACCCUGAAACUCGACCUGGACUUCAUUCCGUGUGGGGGUCAGUUUGGCCAUGCAAUCCACUUCGGGGACAUCCAUCUGAACUCCUUCAUGACAUGGACUGAUAAAAAUAAUCUACAGGAAAAGUAUAUCACAGAAAGUGAGUUUGUGAUGCCUAAUCUUUAUGCGAUUGUGUUGCAUGAGUUUGGGCAUUCUCUGGGAUUGUCACACUCACAGUUUCCAGAACAAGUAAUGUUCGCACAUUAUGGAGGGGACAGAAAGCAUACAAUUCAGAAACUUGGUACCGAGGAUAUGCAGAAAAUGCAGGAGCUCUACCAACCACAACAGUCAUGCAGGGACAAGUCUGUUUUCUGUCGGAGUAGAGGUACAAGCGUGUGUAAAGGAGCAGAACAGCGCGCGGCGUGUCCCAACACGUGCGGGGACUGCAAGUGUGACCCAAACACUCCCGAUGAGUACCUCAAGUGCACUCCUGCUAUAUGCUCUGGGUCCUCUGACUUGAAGCUGCUCUGCAAGAACACGUGCAAGUUGUGCGAGAAAACAUGCUCCAGUCUGCCGGUAAUCAGGAAGAUAACAUCCUCGGCAGUGUUUCCGGUUAGUGCCGGUACAUUGAUCACAGUCGGUUGUCAGAGAGGAAGCGUUCUGACGGGUGAUACUGCUGUAACUUGUGUCAGUGAAAAUGAGUACUCAUACGAAACAGAACCACGAUGUGUUGAAGAGGAAGAAGAAGAACCGGAGGAGCUAGCAAAGUGUAAAAACAAAUCUAAAAAGUGUGCAAAGAAACUAAAGAAUGGCAAAAAAUGUAAAAGCAAAUGGAUGAAGGCAAAUUGCCAAAAAACGUGUAAUCAGUGUCCAGCAACAUUAUAGGCACAAUCCUGCCUUGGAAUGUAUACUAAAGCUUUUUGAAGGAUACCUUGAAUGUCUUUAUUAAAAGUGACGUUAUUUGGACGAUUGAAAUUAGUUAAAUUGUAUAUCUCCUCAGUCUUCUUUUUUUUCAUAUUCUCUCUUUGUUAAAAAAUUUCACUCAUCUCUCGUAUAAAUUCAUGUUACUUUUUAUAUAUGACUUGAUAAUCAAAUUUAACGCAUAAGCAGA